AUGGUGAAAAACGCGAUAACCGUGUUCGCGAGGCUGAAGCCGGAGAAGAGUCGAAAAAGGACGGUGAAUUAUAAAAUCCAUCGAAAGCCGAAAAAACAUUGCAACGAAGACUUUCUCGUUCUCACUGUUCCGUGCAGGUCGCUGGAGUACAUCGACAACCGUCCGGAAACGUGGAAUUUUUCUUUUCAUGGAAUUUUCAAUCACGAUGCACAGCAGCAAGAUAUUUUCGAGAGUGUCGCCCGUCCGAUCGUCGACAGUGUCUUCGAUGGAUACAACGCGACGAUAUUCGCCUACGGCCAGACCGGAAGUGGGAAGACUUACACGGUCACCGGUGACCUCGGGAGCCAUGGCGAGCGAGGAAUCAUCCCUCGGACGUUGCAAUACAUUUUUGACGUCGUUCGAAAGAACCCCGAAAAUUUGUACUCCAUCGAAAUCGCCUAUCUCGAGAUCUACAACGAGAAUGGCUACGAUCUUCUACUCGAACGAAAGCAACGAGAAGCUGCCUCCAGGAUCGAAGAUCUUCCACGCGUGACCAUACACGAAGACGAGAACGGGGGCCUCCAUUUGAAAAACUUGAGCUUCAGAAUCGUCGAGAACGAGAGCGACGCUCUCCAGUUUUUGAGCGACGGUGACAGCUGUCGAGCGAUCUCGGAGACUCCGAUGAAUCCUCGGUCUUCGCGGUCUCAUUGCAUAUUCACAAUCGUCGUUUCCGUCAAGAAAAUCGGAUCGGAUCGAUACAGCAGUGCCAAAAUGCAUCUCGUCGAUCUUGCUGGAUCGGAGCGAGUCUACAAAUGUGCGAUCCAAGGCACGAUUCUCACAGAAGCGAAGCAUAUCAAUUUGAGCCUUCAUUUUCUAGAGCAAGUCAUCGUUUGUCUCGGUCAGGAAAAUGUUUCUCACGUCCCGUACAGAAAUUCAUUGUUGACUUCGAUUCUUCGGGAUAGCCUCGGUGGAAAUUGCUUGACAACGAUGCUGGCGAAUCUCAGUGUCUCGUCGUUCAAUCUGGAGGAAACGAUAUCGACUUGUAGAUUCGCCCAAAGAGUUGCCCUCGUCAAGAACGACGUGAAUUUGACUCUCGUUCUCGACACGAAAAGUGAAAAUAAAUUGUUGAAAAUGGAGAAUGAAAAGUUGAGGAAACAAAUCGAGGAAUUACAGAAGCAGAAAGCUCCUGAAAUCUCUUGCUGGGAUUCCCCUCCCGGAACUUUGGAGCAUUACAAAAAUCUGGUGCUACAGAGGGACCAAGAAAUUUUGUCUCCGAGCCCGACCGAAAGGUCGCAGGAAGAAAAAUCGGUGCAAAUGCCCACCGCUCGAAUUUCUCCCACGAGAAGUGGUCCGCCUUCGCCGCCGAGGAUGAAAACGCGAAGAAAAUCGAUGAACUCGCUCCGAACGAAGCCACACACGAGUCCGAAAAGUUUCGAAAUGCUCGGGCGCUGUACGCCCGAGGAAAAAAGGACACAAAUGAUCAGCCCGAAGCGACCAGCUCCAAACGUCCCGCCACUGACUUUGGACCACGAUGAAAUCGAGAUUAACGACCGUCAUUGUUCCUCCGGGGCUUUGAUCAAUGGAGAAACUUGUCGCGUCGAAAAAAAAAUCGAUGAAAUUGAGCCGGAAGUAACGAAGCUUGCCGAAGCCGGUACCGAUUCGAGCGAAGUUCGAAUCGAUAGGGGAAACAGUUUUGAAAAAUUGAUACCCCUCUGUCAGUCACCGAUACGAAAAAAUUUAACGAAAUUCAAUAAUUUUUCUAACCUGAACAUUUCGACCGGGAAGGAGGAGAGAGCAGAACAGGGAUCGAAAGAAAUGGAGAAAAAUGAGAGGCUGGAAAACCUUCCAGGGGAAAAAUCCCCUCAGGAAGGACCGCAUGGUGAUUUGGAAAAAAUUCGAAGGAGCUUGCAAGCCGAAAAAAACGAGCGUUCUGGGGAAGCUUCUGGGCGAGAAAAAAGUCCGAAGGAAGCUGUGAAAUAUCUGAGAAAAUCUGCUCCACCCGAAAGCUGCAGGGAGGAAAAAUCCCCAGGACGAAAAAGGUCUGGAAGCUUUUUAAAAGAGUGGCAAAAAUCGUCGCACGACGAAAAACCUCACAAAGAAGAAUCCCCGAGGACAAAAAGUCCAAAAUUCCCCCAGAACGUGAUGAGAAUGAUGAGAACUUCGCGAACUCGUAAUCCCAAAGACGACGAAGAAAAUUCGCCAUCGAGCUCCAAAUCCGAAACGCCCAGAAGUGGCUUCAAAACAACUUCAAAUAUUUUACGCAAUAUUCUCUGCAUCGAGAAAAAUUCGAAUCCCCAAACGAACAUCCAAAUGGACCGAUUUUCCACCGAACCAAACCAGGCUCACGAGGAACCUCAAAGUCCCAAAGAUUUUGCAAAUUUACCUUUGACCGGAGACCCAGAAAUAGACGAAGAAAUCGUCGCAUUUUAUCGAGCCAAACGUGGCGAAGGAACUUACUAA